AUGCGGCGAAUCCGUACGACCGGAACCCUAAUCGUGCCGGAGCAACAGCAUCGGCUUCCGUUCGUCGUCGGCGGAAAUCGAAUUCCGUUUAAUGAACUCCAAGCAGUCGGCGAUGGCUUCGGAGCAGAAGGAAUUGGAGUGUCUCAUGGAUCGGAUUCCGUGGAAUUGGUUGUUGGUGGCGGCGCCAGCGGUGGAGUCCUUUGUGUUGCAGGAAUAAAUAUUUCAGACAACAUCGAUGAUGGCUCUUUGUCUUCACGUGGCGUGCAGCUCAUUCAACUAGACGAUCAUCAUGUUUCGAUGAAUAAUGGAAUAGUUAGCAUUACAUUGACAGUGCCGAAUGGAGAUAUUUCGGAGGUCACAUAUAAAGGGGGCAAUAAUUUGCUCGAUGCGAAUAUCAAAGAAGAAGACAGAGGGCGAUGGAAUAUGGUGUGGAAUGGCCUCGACCCAGGCAAAGAACGAAAGAUCUUUGACGGAUAUGUGAUGCUAAGAGAGUCAUCAGGAUUUUAUUCUUAUGCCAUAUUUGAACAUCCUAAAGAAAGGCCGGCUUUCGGAGUACAAGUAGGCCGACUUGUGUUCAAGCUUUCCGGGGACAAGUUUAAUUACAUGGCGAGGUCAGAUACAAUACAAAGAUACAUGCCAAAUGGUAAAGAUCGAAGCACCGGGCAACCUCUUGAUGUUAAAGAAGCUGUCCUUUUAACAAAUCCCACAAACCCUCUUUUCAAAGGGGAGGUCGACGACAAGUACUUUUAUGCAUGCCAUAAUAAGGAUAGUCAAGUCCAUGGGUGGGUAAGUAAUGAAAAUAGACCUGUGGGAAUUUGGAUGAUAACACCAAGCAAUGAGUUUCGAGCUGGAGGACCAUUAAAGCAAGAUCUCACUUCUCAUGUCGAAGCUACUCUUCUUUCUGUUUUUAACAGCAGACACUAUGUCGGUGAUGAUAUUGAUCUUAAAUUCGACAAGAACGAGUAUUGGAAAAAGGUUAUUGGGCCCCUUUAUAUUCAUCUCAAUUCCGAGGCUUCUGCUAAGACAAACCCUUCUGUCCUGUGGAAUGAAGCCAAGCAAACAGGUUAUCAAUUUUGGACAGAAACGGAUGCGAGUGGAAAAUUCACCAUAAAAAAUGUUGUAGCGGGAACCUACACUUUGUUUGCAUGGGUCAAUGGAACUCUUGGAGACUACGCUUCUCCUUCUCAAAUCAUCGUCACCUCAGGAUCGAGUAGUGAUGUUGGAAAUGUAGUUUUUGAGCCCCCGAGGAAAGGCGCUACAUUGUGGGAAAUCGGCGUUCCAGAUCGUACGGCAAGGGAGUUCUUCAUUCCAAAUCCAAGACCCGAAUACAAGAUUCAUAAAUAUGGAACUCACAUUGAAAAAAUCAAACAAUACGGUCUUUGGAAGCGCUACCAAGAUAUAUAUCCAAAUGAUGAUCUUGUUUUCACUAUCGGAUCGAGCGAUUAUAAAAAGGACUGGUUCUACGCACAUGUUACAAGGCAAGUUCAAGGAAGUGAAUACAAACCAACGACAUGGCGAAUUCAAUUCAAGCUGGAGCAAGUCAAAGCAAAUUACACUCUACAAUUGGCACUUGCUUCCGCAAAUCAUGCAGACAUAGAGGUUCGUUUUAACGAUCCAAAAUCUGUGCCGCAUUUCACUGCUGUAACCAAAGGGAAAGACAAUGCAGUAGCAAGAUAUGGCGAUCACGGGAUAUACCAUAUUUAUAGUAUUGAUGUAGGUGGACGAUUGCUUCUAAGAGGGCAAAACACAGUAUACCUAACUAUAACAACUAAUCGUGAGUAUACAGAAGUCACGUAUGAUUAUAUCCGUUUAGAAGGAUCACCUUGA